CGCCCUUCCACCUUAACCACCUAGCCUUAAGCCUAGUCCUAACACUGGUCUUGUAUGUGAGAGAGAAGUGUAUCAUCCUUUAUUUCUUAGAUGAAGGUUUACAACAUUUACUUUAAAACCCGAGUCGACCAGGAAGUUUGGCCAUCAAUUGCACCAUUGUGGAUUAGCACAAUCAGUUGAUUUGGAUUUGGUAUAAUCGGCAAUCCAACAAAAACAAAAAAGAAAAAUUUUUAUGGAACGGUGUUUUUUAUAGUUUUUAUGGUGAUUUAAAUUUUUAAAUAAUCACCAUCAUAGUAUUUUUCCAAAUAAUUUGGGACGGCUAGCGAGAGAAAGACCCUGAUUAGAGGGACGAAAAUCUGGUUCAGAGAGAGGGGUCUGGUUAGAAAGAGAAAGACCCUGUUUAGAGGGAGAAACAAGAAACCAGUGGUCUUUGUAAGUAAGCGAAGAUGUCUCUGAGAGUGCUAAACCCUAAUGCCGAGGUCCUCAACAAAUCUGCUGCUCUCCAUAUGAACAUCAACGCGGCUAAGGGUUUACAGGAUGUUCUCAAGACCAACCUUGGCCCUAAGGGCACCAUUAAGAUGCUUGUUGGAGGAGCUGGAGAUAUCAAGCUCACGAAAGAUGGAAACACACUCUUGAAGGAAAUGCAAAUUCAGAAUCCUACAGCAAUAAUGAUUGCAAGAACAGCUGUUGCCCAAGAUGAUGUAAGUGGAGAUGGUACAACAUCCACUGUGCUCUUUAUUGGUGAGCUUAUGAAGCAAUCAGAACGCUAUAUUGACGAAGGCAUGCAUCCGCGUGUUUUGGUGGAUGGUUUUGAAAUUGCCAAGCGAGCCACACUGGAGUUUCUUGAAAAGUUCCAAACCCCUGUUGUGAUGGGCGAUGAACCUGAUAAAGAGAUUCUUAAGAUGGUUGCAAGGACAACACUCAGGACAAAGCUAUAUGAAGCUCUGGCUGAUCAGCUGACUGACAUAGUCGUCAAUGCAGUGCUUUGUAUUCGCAAGCCCGAUGAACCCAUUGAUUUGUUCAUGGUUGAGAUUAUGCAUAUGCGCCACAAAUUUGAUGUAGACACACGCCUGGUGGAAGGUCUCGUCCUUGAUCACGGAUCCAGACAUCCAGAUAUGAAGAGGCGUGCUGAGAAUUGCCAUAUUUUGACUUGUAAUGUCUCAUUGGAGUAUGAGAAGAGUGAAAUAAAUGCUGGUUUUUUCUACUCAAAUGCGGAACAAAGAGAAAAGAUGGUUGCAGCUGAGAGGCGUCAAGUUGAUGAGAGAGUUAACAAAAUCAUUGAGCUGAAAAAUAAGGUUUGUACUGUGACUGAUGAUAACUUUGUUGUGAUCAAUCAAAAGGGUAUAGAUCCUCCAUCGCUGGAUCUUCUCGCGAAGGCUGGAAUUAUUGCUUUAAGGAGAGCAAAAAGGAGAAAUAUGGAGCGCCUUGUUUUGGCCUGUGGGGGAGAGGCAGUCAAUUCUGUUGAUGACUUGUCUCCAGAAUGCCUUGGAUGGGCUGGCCUUGUUUAUGAGCAUGUCCUUGGUGAGGAGAAAUACACGUUUGUAGAGAAUGUGAGGAAUCCCUCCUCAUGUACCAUCUUAAUCAAAGGGCCAAAUGAUCACACUAUUGCUCAGAUCAAGGAUGCUGUUCGUGAUGGUCUGAGAUCUGUAAAAAAUACAAUUGAAGAUGAAGCGGUAAUUUUGGGGGCAGGUGCUUUUGAAGUUGCAGCGAGGCAGCACCUAGUGAACAAUAUAAAGAAGACUGUCCAUGGGCGAGCACAGCUUGGGGUUGAGGCCUUUGCGGAUGCGCUUCUUGUUGUACCCAAGACACUGGCAGAAAACUCAGGUCUCGACACACAAGACGCUCUCAUUGGCCUUCAGGCUGAGCAUGAUAAGGGUAACAUUGUGGGGUUGAACCAUCACACUGGGGAACCCAUUGACCCCCAAAUGGAGGGUAUUUUUGACAACUACUCUGUGAAGCGGCAGAUCAUAAACUCUGGGCCUGUGAUUGCUUCGCAAUUGCUUCUUGUGGAUGAAGUUAUUCGUGCUGGCCGUAACAUGCGGAAGCCAACUUAGUCCCCGAGCUUGAAGAAAGUAAAUUUUUGUAACCAUGUCAUGAUUUUGUUUGGAUUUCUCGAGUUUAAGAUAACUAACUUGGAAGAGUGGGCAGAUUGUUGGGGUUUGCCUUGAGUGUGUGCGCGGUUCUUGUUUAGUGGGUGGGAAAAGCUCCAUCUUCUUGGAUCCUCUUCCAUGAUUAGAGUUUUGUGGGUGAUUUAGAAUGGGUAGGUCUGAAAUCUUUCUACUAUAUUGUUCUCUUUUUAGAACGGCAGAGACCAAAUGCUUGUGAAAUUUGUGGGCACUUUUUCCAUAUUUAGAAUGCUGUAUACUUGAGUCUCUCUCUCUCUAACAGAGGGUAAUCCAGGGUGGUUGCAAGUGUCUUCUCUUGUUUAAAGAAUGUUGCUUCUUAUUGAAAAGUAAUAAAUGGAACAUGGAUGAGAAAGCUUGUUUUCUAAA